ACAAUUAAACAAAAAAAAAAAAAAAAAGAGGUUCUGAGGUAGUACAGAGAAGCAAGAAACCAUCAAAAGCAGUCUUGUUUCCAAAGAAAGCAGAGAUCUGGUGCGAGAGGAGUAUGUCAGGAAUGGAAAGGCUUCAGAGGAUGUUCGCCGGUGCCGGAGGAGCUUUGGGCCACCCUCCGCCCGAUUCCCCAACUCUGGAUUCUUCCGAGCAGGUCUAUAUAUCCUCCCUCGCCCUCCUCAAAAUGCUCAAGCACGGAAGAGCUGGGGUUCCCAUGGAGGUUAUGGGUUUGAUGCUGGGAGAGUUUGUGGAUGAGUACACUGUUCGUGUUGUCGACGUCUUUGCAAUGCCGCAGAGUGGUACUGGUGUUAGUGUAGAAGCCGUUGAUCAUGUUUUCCAAACCAACAUGCUUGAUAUGCUUAAACAAACUGGACGACCGGAGAUGGUUGUAGGUUGGUACCAUUCUCAUCCUGGAUUUGGCUGUUGGCUCUCUGGUGUGGACAUUAAUACACAGCAGAGUUUUGAAGCUCUAAAUCAGCGAGCUGUUGCUGUGGUGGUGGAUCCAAUUCAGAGUGUUAAAGGAAAGGUGGUGAUUGAUGCCUUUCGCCUUAUCAACCCACAGACCAUGAUGCUUGGCCAAGAACCCCGACAGACUACAUCCAACCUCGGCCAUCUUAAUAAACCAUCCAUUCAAGCACUGAUCCAUGGUUUGAACCGGCAUUAUUACUCAAUAGCUAUUAAUUACAGAAAGAAUGAACUUGAGGAGAAGAUGUUACUUAACCUUCAUAAGAAGAAAUGGACUGAUGGGCUCACACUUAGGCGAUUUGACACCCAUUCUAAAACAAAUGAGCAGACAGUUCAGGAGAUGCUUAACUUAGCUAUCAAGUACAACAAGGCAGUACAGGAGGAAGAUGAGUUACCACCAGAGAAGCUUGCAAUCGCAAAUGUUGGAAGGCAAGAUGCGAAAAAGCACUUAGAAGAACAUGUUUCCAACUUGAUGUCUUCGAACAUUAUUCAAACAUUGGGAACCAUGCUGGAUACGGUUGUAUUCUAGAUUUUUUUUUUUUUGGGAAAUUCAAGAUGAUGUCUUUACGUUAAGAUGAGACAAUAUGGACACUGUUCUUCGCUGUUGUUUUAUGAGACUAAAAAUGGAUUAUGAAAGGUUAAUUGCGUCGGUA